AUGGAUCAAGCAACAUUUGACCUGUCUGCUUCACCCACCCAAGCAUUCAUAGCACCAGCACCUGAUAUGCACCUUUUGGAUGGCAGCAAUAAACCUGAGCAGCUGUCCCUUGAUAAGACUGUGGAGGAAGCUUCAAGCAUCAAGCAGGAUUCUCAACUGGAGUCAGACACAAAGCAUUCGCAUUUUGACGUUGCAUUUGACGAAAUAUUGAGUUCACACCUGGGAUUUGGUCACAACAACGGUAUUAUGGAUGGCAUAGGCAAUCGUGAUAGUCUUGAAAGCAUCCCUGAGCCAUCUUAUAUGGACUUCGAGCAGUAUGAUGCGGCUCAAAGCAGGGCUUUUCUCCAUGACUCUAGUUCCUCCGGAUGUGGAACACUUGGUGAUGCAUGGGCUUGUCAUUCAACUACCGUAACGCCUCUAGAUCCUACUGUGCAGGACCCUGAACUUCUGUCAUGUUUCGGGAGUACCCAAAAAAUAGAGGCCAACACCAGUGAUAGUGGGCCGCAAGCCGUCUCUCAUACUGCUGUUGAUGUCCCGGCCACAGAAUUGAUGGAUACAAGCACCGCCAGCACACAGGCUAUCACGGAGGGCCAGGUCGCCGAUACCCCAGACACAGAAGGAACUGGAAUCCUACUGAGGUUUAAGUCUGCCGCCGAAGCGAAUGCAUAUGCACCACAAAAGUGGCCAACGCCCCUUAAUGAUCCCACUAUCCCGCAAUCUCAGGAAGGCCGUGAAGCGAUUGUCCGGGAACUCAUGGAAGCGAUGUAUUGCCUCACAGAGUCAAAGGACAAUGAUGGAAUGGUCAGGCCUUGGAGAGAAGGUCGAUAUAGCCACCACCGUGUGGAAAUCUCGUGCUGGAAUGUCUUGGUAAGGCCUCUUGUGGUAAACAUUUUCUAUGUUGGGCCACCUUUAACAUUGUUUCAGGAGGCAUGCGUUGAGCGUCAUGAAACCGGGCCCCUUCGGUACUUGUGGGACAACAAGGAUAACAGCCGACCCGACAGCAUUGCAACGUUUGAAGAACGGAUAGCGAUCAUUACCAAGAUCCUAAAACGAGUCGAACAAAACAAGGGACUAAAUGCGAAGAAGGGGAUGGUGAUCAAGGCUGGCAAAAGCGCGUUGGAAAAAGAAGAAAGGGAGACCGGCAAAGCUUUACUCCCUGCUCCCAAAGGACGACACAAGAAGAGCAACUCUUCUGCUACUGAGCCCCUGACUCCCCCUGAGCUUUCUCGGCCGGUAAAACGGCAAAAGAGGGCACCCGUGAGAACCCCAUCUCUUGCAAAUGUCUCUACAGGUGUUGCUACAAACGUUGCCCUUGAUCCAUAUCUCAACAAUCCUCUUCCAGGUCUGAAACUGGAGACUCCUUCGAGUUCGACAAGCAGCGCCUUCGGAUAUACGCAAGCAAGUAAUCGUUCCACUAUGCAGUUUAGCACAUCUAUCAAAGCAGAUCCUCAUGUUGAUAUUCUUCAGUUCAACGACAACAGCCAUGCCACUCAUUGUAAUGAAUACGGCGUUGGACUAUCUCGAGUAAUGGAGACUUACAGACCAAGCGCCUAUGCUACUCCUAUCUCCGAUCUCUCGCAAAGUUCAAGUCCAUCGGUUAACAACCUCAGAGCUCAAGGGAAUCAUGCUUUUGGUGCCCAUUCUGGAUCUUUCCCAAUGCAGGGGAUUCAACCACCACACUUCAUAACUGUGGGAGCUCAAACACCUCAUGUUUCAACAUGUAAUAUUCAGACACAUGAAUAUCACAGCUCAGUCGUCCCGACCUCGAACAUUCAAAAGAGUCUCAUUCACCAACAGGGGAUUCAUUCUUCCAACUUUCCAACUCCAGAAAUUCAGGUCCCCAAUGCUUCAGUAUCUGAGUUCGCCAAUCAGGUCGGCGUUCUGUCAGAACCCAGUUUUCAGCAACAAGCUCCGCUUCCAAUGCCCCAUGACUAUCAUUUUCCCGCUUUAUGUGACCUGCAAGACGCUCAAAGCUUUGGAUUUGCUGAACCAAUACAGGUUCCAACUGCGACUAGACCCUAA